UCUUCCUUUUUUAUUUCAGAGUCAAGAUGUUUAACAUUAUGUUGAUGUAAACUGUAGUCUCUGAUAUUUGCAUGUAUAGUUUUUCCCUUUCAACAUAUAACCAUAUAUCUAAUUCCUGCUCUAAAAUAAGCACAGGCGGAAACCGAGUUCAAACGGAACGUGUCCCCGCGAGAUUUGAGGAGGAAAGCAAAUGCCACGUCUGCCAAGCAGCAUCAUCGCAGACCCAACUAACAGCACUUUUCUCUCUCAGGAACAACUUUAUUUAGUGAAAGAACAGCCCGAGUUAUCGGACACUGUUUGGAUCUAAUAUGGGCUUUUUACAUCUGUCGACACUAAUAUUGGCCUCAUCUGCUGUCCUGCUGUUAGUAGAGGCUCACAGCCAUUCCCACGGUGACCAUGGGCAUGGCCACCAUCACCAUGGCCACUCGCAUGGAGGGGAUGAUGAGCACUCACAUGACCAUCAGAAGAUGUUUCAUGGAGCCAGCAAAUGGAGCGCCGAGGCCAACCUACCUCAGAAUGAAGAUGAGCAUCAUGGACAUGAUCACUCUCAUGAUCACGGGCAUGCACAUGAUCACGGGCACGCACAUUUGCACGAUCACGGACACGAUCAUGGACACGCACAUGACCAUGGUCACUCCCAUGGAGCAGAGGGAGCAAAGAGGGGAGCUGUGGGAGAGAAGAGGGACUUGGUGGAGCUCUGGACUCAGGCCAUCGGAGCCACUCUGCUGAUCAGCGCCGCUCCUUUCUUUAUCCUGUUUCUGAUCCCAGUCCAGUCCAACAGCGACCAGCACCAGAACCUGCUCAAGGUGCUGCUGAGCUUCGCUUCCGGUGGGCUGCUGGGUGACGCCUUCCUGCACCUCAUACCACACGCUCUUGAGCCUCAUUCCCAUCAUGAAGAUGGAGAUGAUAAACAGUCUCAUGGAAGUGAAGAGUCACAUGACCACGGUCACUCUCACGGAGCUGCCCACGGACACAUGAUGUCUGUUGGUCUGUGGGUUCUUGGGGGGAUCAUCGCCUUCCUGGUUGUGGAGAAAUUUGUGCGCCUGCUGAAAGGAGGACACGGGCAUGGACAUUCCCACAGCCACUCCCACGCCGCUCUCAAAGAAAAGGACAGUGAUGGAGAGGAUGAGAAGGAAAACAAGAGAAAAGAGAAGAAACAAAGCAAAGAUGCUAAGGUGUCCAAGACUGAGGAGAAAAAGGGCACAGAAAUCAAGGUGUCAGCCUAUCUGAACCUAGCAGCUGACUUCACGCACAAUUUCACUGAUGGUCUGGCAAUCGGAGCGUCGUUCCUGGUCAGUCCAGCUGUGGGUGCUGUCACCACCCUGACUAUCCUGCUUCAUGAGGUCCCACAUGAGAUCGGGGAUUUUGCCAUCCUGGUUCAGUCUGGCUGCACUAAAAAGAAGGCCAUGUGUCUGCAGCUGCUGACCGCUUUGGGAGCUCUGGCCGGGACAGCCUGCUCCCUGCUGGCUGAAGGCGUGGGCGCCACGGCGACCGCCUGGAUCCUGCCCUUCACGGCCGGUGGGUUUGUUUACAUCGCCACAGUGACGGUGCUCCCUGAGCUGCUUGUGGGCCGCUCCAGUUUCGGCCAGUCUCUGAUGGAGAUUCUGGCGCUCCUGUUCGGAGUCGGCAUGAUGGUGCUGAUCGCAGAAUACGAGUGAAGCGCCGGUCUGGAUUGGACAGAAACUUUUACAGCACAAGAUGAGUAGGAGAAACUGAGACCCGGACAGGGAGAAUAAUGGUUUUACACAGAAUGUCAGUGAUUUCUUUGCUAUUGCCAGGUAUUUCCUUAUUUAGUUUUUGUCUCCAUGUUUUGCUAUCUUAUUUUUUUACCGCAAGGGUCUUUUGUUUUUUUGUUUUUUAAGAAGAGAUGAGAACUGGAAAGAAAUUAAGGGAUCACAGCUUUCAUCAGGAUAAGCUCUGCAGUAAAUUAUUCCAAAAACUCACUUCCAACUCCUGUAAAAACAACCAUCUUACUGUAACUGCUGCAUGAACCACUGAGCAGCUCCUCAGACGUGGAGCAGAGAACGAUGCCCGACUGAACAGUGAUACUGAAUGUUAAAAAAAAAUCACAUUCCACUAAAAUACGAGAUGUUGCUUUUACUGCUGUGUUCAGUCAAUAUAUCGCUAAAAUGACAUUUCAUCUAAUUUUUUUUUGCAGUAAAUUGUUUUCUUGAGAUGCUGGAUAUCCCCAAAUAAAAGUUCCUUGUCUGCUUUUCAGCCAUUACUAAAAUAAAUGCUCAGCUUACGGGAA